AUGAGGGUGAGGAGAGGCGUGUCUAUUUCAGAUAACCAGUUCAGAUUCAUGUUGGGACACUCAACUACAGAAGCCAUCCAUCUUGUAAGGAGGCUGGUGAAGCAGUAUAGGGAGAGGAAAAGGGACUUACACAUGGUAUUCAUCGAUCUAGAAAAAGCUUACGAUAAAGUUCUAAGGGAGUUCCUAUGGAGAUGUUUGGAGGCUAACGGUGUACCUGUGGCGUACAUUAGGGUGAUCAAGGACAUGUAUGAGGGAGCCAAAACCAGGGCCAGAUCGUCGAGACUCGUAGCGGAGUUAACACUAAGCUGGAGGGUUGGAGACAAACUCUGGAGUCUAAAGGGUUCAGCCGCAGUAGGACAGAACGAGUACUUGGAGUGCAAGUUCGAUGAAGCACCUCAUGAGGCCGGAGUGGAAGUGAGACUUGGUACCCAGUCCAUCCAGAAGAAAAGUAGUUUCAAGCAUCUUGGGUCUAUUAUACAAGAUCAGUCGGCUAAGGCGGUGGCGGUGGAGGCUACGGUGGUGGAAGACGUGAAGGUGGCGGCGGUGGAUACGGUGGAAGACGUGAAGGAGGCGGUGGUGGUUAGGCUGCGCAUCCAUGGCGGCGUUAAUAUUCUCAUUAGCUCUGUGAUUAAAGCCCAAAUCCAUUUCGCCGAAGCUCCGGCAGUGGUGGCCGGUGGCGGAACAAUGGGGAAGAGGGGAGAGAGAGAUGGAAGGGUUGGUUUGGGUUGGAAGUAA